AUGGCUCUAGUAAUUGAUAAAUGGUGUAAAUCUAGCUCACCUGUAAAUUUUGAAGAAGCUGGGUGUGCAGUAUGUGGUCAACUUACCUUAUGUACAGACCUUUCUGCUCUCAAGAAUAUGAAAAAUUAUCUGCAUGUACUAGAAGCUCAAUCUGUUACCCGGGCAUUUAGGUCAUCUCCUGAUGAAUCAAUUUCUGAAAUCGAAGGUCCAGUUUUAGACAAGUCAGCUGGUGAUAAUAUUUGCAAUAAUUGUCGUUCUUCUCUGAGAGCUGGAAAUGUGCCCAAAUUGGCAUUGUGCAGAGGACUUUGGUUGGGUGUUAUACCAGAUGAGCUGAAAGGCUUGAAAUUUUAUGAGAAGAUGUUAAUUGCAAGAGUCAGACAUACUAAAUGCUUUAAAGGUUCAACUAAUUAUUCUAAAUUAGUUUCCAAUGUCAUUGCUUUUGAAAAUCCAAUUCCCAAAAUAUAUGACACUUUACCUCCUCCUAAAGAAGAGAUUGAGGAAGUACUAGCUGUCAUGUUUUCAGGUUCCACAAAGCCUACUCAAGAUGAUUAUGCCCAUGCUCUGCUGCUUGUCCGGAGAAAUGUUGUUGCUAAAGCACUUCAGAUCUUGAUCCUCAAUCAUUUUGACUACAAUGAUGUUGUUUUUUCAUCUGCUAAUCUGGAGAGCUAUGCUGAAGAUGCACCAAUUGUUUCUGUAGAAUAUUUCCAAAAAGGCUCUAAUAGAAAUGCUGAAGGUAUCAGUGUUCAUGAUGAUUUGAAUGAUGAUGGUACAGAGGAAGGUGAUUGUGUCUUCACUGUUCAUGGGAUAGUUGGUCCUUCAAUCAAAAAUAAAUGA